AAGUAUAAAGAAUCAACUUGAAUCUUUGAGGGCAAAGUGCGAAUGUAGAAAAGAUAAAUAAUGCCCCGUCUGAAUAUUGUGUUACGAUAUAAAAUGUGAUUCCAAGUCAACAGUUGAAUGAACAUGAUUCUCUGGGUUCAUCAUACAUGUCGUGAAGGAAAAUAAAGCCUGUUGAACAAAAGGAUCUGGUAGGUAUUCACAGAAAAGGUGAAAAUCUUCGUGGUAGCCUACAAAUAAGCAGAAGAUGUCGGGAACAAUAUCGUUUCAGAAAAUAAAUAUUACAGGUACCAAAGAUGUCCAGAGGUCCGCCGCCCACAAAGAUAAGAAGAAGCCACCAUCUCCAAUAGUGAUCACACCCCGAGGACCGCCAAAACCAGAGGACUUCCCGCAGGCACUUACUCUUGACCUACCCCCUCACGAGAAAAAGAGUGACCUAGCGGCGUUCCUGUGUCGAGUGAAAUUACCCCAACUGAUCUCGAUUACCGAAUCCUUCAUGGUACGAAACAACCCAGUUGCUCACGGGCAUUUCAGAAGAGGUGAAACUUUCUUGCUUCAUUUCAUCACCGAUAACCCUACCGUGCAUGCCACAACAUCUGGGGGAAAUGAUGUCCGACUGCCAGUCCACGCAGGACAGAAGUAUGAAAUUCUUCCUCUUGAUCCUCAGUUUGAUGAUAAAGAGUAUAACGGUACCGAGGAGCUCUUAAAAGCCAGUCCCCUUCCUCCUGCUGUUCGAGUCGUAGAAGCCUUCUACUCUGAUGAAGAUAAUGAAGAUCAGGUGGUAGGAGACAUCAUAGAAAUCAAAGGAAUAGAACGUGAUCCUGAGCGUGGUAAGCUCUUGGUUGGAACAUGUGGGUCAGCAAAAAUUAGGUACUCAAAGGCCAUGAACUCUACCUUUACAACGAUGUUGUUUCCAGAGCAUCAUCGCAUGACAGAACUCAAGGACCACAGGUUCCCUCAGAGAGUCCGUUUACCAGCUGAUUCAGAAGAUCUCUCUCCGCAAAGGUUGAAACCGAAGCAAGUAUUCCAGCUGUUGAAGUUAUCCCAUGAUAAACACGUCGUAGCGACGAGGCCAAAUGAUCCCACUAUUUACUCCAUACCUGUGACUACGCCCAUCAAGUUCACCCACGAGCCAUUAACAGAUUCACAGAAACACAUCUUGGACAUGUUGCCAGUCAUGUAUCCCCUUGUGAACACCAGUUGGGGAUUGGUAGAUCCGACGCAGAUGGAACUGCCAAAAUCUAUGAGGACUGCCCCGGAAGUACUCAAAUUGGUGCAGGCAGCCCAUAUGGCAAGUGUGAAAGAACAUUGGGCCACUGAAGACGAGCCAUUACUAUCAGGUCUUAACACAAAGGCAGCAGCAUUAUCUCCAGACCCACCGCCGGUAUAUCCUCACUCUUCGGAUAGACCUCGGCAAUCUUUGGAUGGGGCUCCUCGGUUACCUCCUCGUCCUCCGGGAGGACUGUCACCGGUUAGUCCCGAUUCUCGAUCUUCGUUCGGCAUCGAUGCUGAUUCGGAUUCCGAUGAUUAUGAAACCGUACCCGACCCAUCUAACCCUGUUAUGAAAAGCAUAUCUAAAGAAGCAAUGGUUGCUGUCAGAGAUAUACUCACCAAGAAAGAAAAGGAAUUGAAAAAACAGGAAGCGGCUUCAAAAGCAUGGAAAACAAAAUGCAAGAACCUUGAACAUAAAGUCAGCGAAUUGAAAAACACUUUGGCUUCGACUUUACGAAGUGGAAGCAAACCAAAUCUACCGCCAUUUCGUCAGGGCUCACACCAGCAUAACAUUGGCGCAUACUACACGGACACAGAUGCUUAUGACUACCAGAUUCCUCCUCCACUCCCGCCUGUUAGGUCACCAUCAGCAUUGCCACCACCUACUUCCAGUAGAAACCAGCUUAGGGACUGCUCUGUUCAGGAGGUCGGGAAGUUCUUGAUUCUGCACGGCUUUGAGAAGUACGUCGACAUCUUUCGCGAGAAUGGCGUCAACGGUGCGCUGCUAGUGGCUAUGGAAGAGACUCACAUGAUCGAGCUACAGAUGACGCGGCUCCAUGCCCUUAAACUGACGAUAGAGGUCCAGAAAAUGUGCAGACCUUCUUCAGUUUGUUGAUGAGUUAAUUUUGGGGGGAGUGUGUAGGCGCAGGUGUGUGUGUAUGUUUGAUAAAAUUCAUUUUCAUCAAAAACUACAGUCACGCCUAUUAGUGGUUUGGUUAAAAACAUAAUUUAGAAAAUCAUGAGGAUUAUAUGUUGCAUCUCAUCACUGUCGAGAUUUUGAGAGCUAAGGUAAAAUUAACCAGAGUUUUUUUAUGGAAAUGAACUGGAAGAAACCGGUGCAACAGACAAAACACGGUUAAUUAGUUUUUACCGCAGUUUUAACUCUAACCGGAGA